AUGCCUCCUCGUCGCCAUGCUGCUGCCGCUGCGCAGUCAACUCUCUCAUUUGGCAAUCAAUCGCGAGUGACCAAACCGUCGACUACACCCGCAACACUCCAUAAGGGCAAGACCCUUGAUUCGCCGCUGCCCACCGACAAGUCUGCGUCGGGCACCCCAGAACCCCAGCAGGUUCUCGCAUCCGAACCAUCAAAGCCGCAUAUUGCAGAAGUAGUGGUCCGACAGCAGGCCACAAAGGAACACGAGGAGCCGCUUUCGGCCGAAGACAAGCGGGCUCUGAAGCUCACCAAGCAAGAUCUUCAGAAGUACUGGAAUAAAGAGGAGCGGAGUCGGAAGGCCCCUCGAGUCCACCAACAGGACCUUUACUUGGAAGAGAAGAUCUUGCGCCACUUUGAUCUCUGCAGCCAGUAUGGGCCCUGUAUUGGAAUCGCACGGCUCAAGCGCUGGCGCCGUGCCAAUAUGCUGAAGCUCAACCCGCCCAUUGAGGUUCUCGCCGUCCUGCUUAAGAAGCAGAAUGCAAAUGAGCGCGCACACGUGGAUGAGCUGCUGUCUUAA